ACUCAUGCAUAUGUCGGACGGUACAAGUCUGAGACAGUCUUGGUACAAUGCACUGAACGAAGCCCAGUCCAACUUCAGGAAGCUGCUCACAUCCGCCUCUGCUCCUGAAUGGAAACGUGUCCCCAUCCCCAACGACUCUACCUCAGCGCGAACGAAAGGAAAGGGUCGCUCCUUGACCUCCCUACCAGAACCCUCAGAUGUUGUCAUACACCGCAGGGCCAAUAAGGCUGAAGAGGCAGUUUACCGCAUAGUCCUCGAUGUACCUACCGGAGAAGAGGCCAUUGCUCUCGACGCAUGGAAGUCCGUCCUUGCCACACCGGAGCUGAGAAGGGAGUGGGAUCCUGCUGUGGAAGGAGCGUCGUUGGUUGAGAUGUUUGACCCCACGACGCGAAUAUCGAAGACGAAUUUUACGUUGGGCUGGCCAGCAAACCCUAGGGAUGCUGUUACGAUAUCUCGCACAUUUAAUGACACAACGACCGUCAUAGACGUAUCGACUUCUCUACCACGAUCUGCAGACGAACCGGCAUACCUUAGGCCCUCACCACCAUACGUCCGUUCUAAUGUCAGGCUCUUUGCCUGGUGUAUUCAACAUGUACCACCAUCAUCUUCUACAUCCACCACUACUCCACCACCUUCGUCAUCUCCAACCGACGACUCACAAAUGAAGAGAUCGACCACCGGCCGUCUUCGCAUAACCUGCUUUUGGCAACAUGAUCUACGAGCUAUGUGGAACUUCGGUUCCUCGGCCAGCUUUGCACAACAGCUCGCAUCUAUGGUCUUAGGUCUCUACAAGAUCGUCAUUAAACGUGGUACUCGCGUUCCACUUCUCACCGGCUAUGGAAACGGCGUGUCUAUCGAACGUGUACGGUUUGAGAUUGAUCGAGAGGCACUCACUAUCGAUUACACUAUCACCCCCGAGGACGACGAUGCUACCCAUUCGGCAUCUACGGAGACACCUCAAGGCCUCGACAAACUACACGCUAUCCGUGAACAUCGACGUUUAACUCGUACCGUUGAAUUCAGCAUUCCGGUCAACGAAGGCUGGGAUAUUCAACUCUCUACUAAAGCUUCUUCUGAUAAACUCGCUAAACUGCCAUGGACCGCUCGAGCCUUCCGAAACAGUUCCGUGGCGUUAUCACCUACCAUUUCUGCCCCAGAGUACGAGGAUGCCCUCUUCCGUGUCAAUCACUCUCCCCUUCCGGACGACCAUUCUCUCUUGAAGGUUCGCAUAACGAUCGAACGUUCGGGUCCAUCCAGCGGCCUACGCUUGAAUGGGAUUCCCCAGAACAUUGAAAACCUUGAAGACCGGAAUCCAUCAUCGUUCUUCAUGUCGGAGCAGAUGCUUCAAGAUGCGACCAGUACUGCAGAUAUGAGCUUCCAGACCGUUUCGUCCGCCGCGACGGGUGGUAGUGUUUCGAGUGGUUCCAAAACACCAUUACCUCCACGGCUCCUCCGCACGAACACCGAACGCACACAGGCGAUGGAGAAGUCUGUAUUGAGCCGUGUGAGGCGCAACUAUAUUUAUUUUUCCUCGCUGUUACAGGAGCCGGAGGCUAAAUGGAAACGAACAACGGAAGCGAAGGGCGUUUCUGUCACUCAACUCGACUCCAUCGACCCAACUUUGGUCGUUUAUCGAGCGGAGGCUACGUUCGUUGGUGUUGGCCUUUGGGACCUGUACGCAGCAAUCACAUCUCCUGGUGCCCGAAUGUAUUGGGACAAGCAGCACGAAGACGCCGUCCUUCUCGAAGACGUCAACGAGCUAACACAAUUGUGGCACAUCAAGACUCGAGCGGCGUGGCCCGCCAAUGCGAGGGACUCUGUACUUCUGAAGACCGUCUAUAAAUCCCCUUCUACUGUCCACGUCUUUGCUUUUUCUGCCGAUGAACCAAACCUCUUCCCUAAUAUCCCUGCUCUCGAACCUAACGUCAUCCGCACUCAAGUCGAUCUACAAGGUUUCUCCAUUGAGGCGCUCUCUCCGACAACCACCCUUCUCACCCUCCUCGAACAGUCCGAUCCGAAAGGAUGGUCGAACAAGGCCUCCAUUCCUCAGCAGAUGGUCACAGCUUUAGCCGGCAUCGGCGAGUUUGCGAUCAAAUGCGGCGGGCCGCCGACGGUAACGAGGCUGGCAGGAGCGAGGGCGAACGAGGUGAGGUAUGAUCACGAGCGAGGGAGUUUCAGAAUCGAGUAUGAGGCCUCGACGACCCGGAGGACGAUUCCUGGGACGGAUAAUGUCAAUACCGCCGGUAGUGCGGUCCUCCCUGAACCAGAUUCACCGUCGAAUUCGAUGCCCAUCAUCGAAUGUGAGCUCCGUUGCGAUAUCGAUACAUGGGCAUCCUCGCUCGAUAUCGUCGUCGAUCCCCCACCACAGUCAAUAUCCUGCUUUCGACGGCACCGAUUAUCCUCUGGCGGAGGGGGUCUAUGGUUGACGUUGACGCAUGAUGCGGUGUUGGCGGGUGACGAGAGGUUGAUGGCUAUUGUGAGGAAGGGGCCUGGGAGGGAGAGAGGUGUCGUGAUGGUAAAUGGAGCGAAGGUCAUCGUCGACGUGGAGGAGCUGCCGGAACACGAACUGAAGUCACUCAGUAAGCAGAAACGCAUAAAACCCGUACGAAUACCGCUGGACCAGCCUCCCGUGCUCGGUGUCAUACGAAGGAGAAGAGCGGAGUGGAGUAGCGAUGAGUCGGGGGCGGCAGAAGGGUCUGAUGGUUCGUCAACACCGAGUGUGGACGGCAAGUCGUCGGGAAAUUCGGCGGCUAAUGCGGUGGGGAAUUCGAUAUGGACGUCUGCGGCGCCCAAGUUCCCGAGUCCGUUGGCGAGGUACUUCACAUUCGCCAUGGACCAAGCGGCGAGCACGACUUCAUCGACGAUCGCAGCCAUGUCGCCCGCCACAUCUAGCGGUGAUUCUGGUCCAUCUCCGUCCAAACCACCAAUGCAACACGCACUCGAAGCACUUUCCUACGUCCAACGCACAUAUUCCCGCCCUUUGUCCGACGACUGGACGCUCGUAAGCGACAAAGGCUUCCCUGUCCACCGCAAGAUCGAACCCGAAGUUUCAGCCUCCAUCCCCGUGCACAAGGGUGAGAAAGUCAUCGAAGGUAUUUCUGCGGAAGAGAUUGCUGCUGUCAUAACCUCUUAUGACUGUCGUAGACGAUGGGACGAUCGGUUCGACGGUGCUCAACUCUUGGAAUCUUUCGGGGCGGAAUGUCAUACCGCAUUUGUGGUUAGCAAAGGAGGGUUUCCCUUCCGGGAUAGGGGCUUUUACGUGGCGAGUGUGUUAGCGCGGGGAAAGAGGAAUGAUGCGGAGAUUCCUGCGGCGACUUCGUCUUCGAUGUCAUUGUCCGAUCCGUCACGGUCGGCGAUAUUCAUUGUCUCGGCAUCGUUCUCACCCGAUUCGGCGAAUGCGAAAGGGUUCGCCGCGACGAAGUACAAUCCAUAUGGAUUGCCAGUGGGUAGAAUGUUGGUGGAUGGAUGGGUGCUCCAAACACUCGACCCGUAUACUACCGAGAAGUAUGCGAUCCCGUCAACGAGGUGUACGAGGAUCGUCGCGGUCGAUUAUGCAGGGUCGGUGCCUGCGGCUGUGAACAACAUGAACAACGCUACGUUCGUCAAGGCCAUUCUCGGCCUUGAGACAUACAUGAAACAGGUCGCGCCGCUACCGUUCACGAGGCUGCCCACCAUGGGGGUCGUCUUUGUGGACAAGAGCGCAGAAGGAGGAGGGCUACAGAUUGAAGGGGCGGCGAUCGGCAGCGGUAUGGUAGCUGGUGAGACUGGGGGGUGGACGAUGAGAAGGAAAGACGAGAAGAGGGUAUUGGUGGAGACGAGGUAUAGUCCUGACGAACAGGUGUAUAGAUGUGUGGUCUUGCUCAGUCCCUUGGCGAGUGCGGGUACCGCUAUCUCUGGAUCGACGUCCUCACCGGGCUUGGUCGCUUCGCCCGCGUCGAGUCCCACAAUAGGCGACCCCUCUGCUACUCCCAGACCAUCUAAUGCUGAGUUUCCGAUCACCUCUUCCUUCGAUUCGUCUUUGUCGUCAAGUUCAACGGCUAGUGUCAACUCGACGAUCACGAUGACCCCAUCUUCGUCGGCACCGACGAUGAGCCUCAGUCCAACAAGAGGACAUUCAUUAUCCGUGUCGUCUGGGUCAAGCUCUUCAUUAUUACCUGGUUCUGCACCUAGGGCUCGGACGAUCUCGGCCUCAACAAUUCGUGCACGGUCAAGCGAGUCGGCGUUGAAGGCAGCCUCUUCCUCUGCCACUUCUUCCACCGGUACCAAUGUACCUUCAAAGUCUGCGUUCACACUGAGGGGAGAGGUCCGACAUCAUUCGGAUCUGGUGGUCGCUGAGAUAAUCGUCGAUACCAAGCUUUACGAGGGAGGGUACGAUGUGAAGCUAAAGUCAAGGAUACAAUACAACGGUGCCAGCAGUAGUGGAAAGCCGAUUCCAUUGACUGGUCCCGCUACCUCCUCCGACACCUCGUCCACCACCAGUCCACCCUCUGCAGCCUCUACCUCCACGUCAACCGAUGUCAGUACGACCGAGAAAACAGAUUCAACGACCUCAACAGAUAACAUCCUACCACUGACAUAUACUCUGCACACCAUCCCUUCUUCGCCUAUGCAUUCCUCCGGCCUCACAACCGACAGCCCACCAAGACAUCUGCUGAGGUUGACGUUACCAACGGCACAGGCUCAACAGCAGAUAUCGACGUUGCAAGAUCCGUUGACGGGGGAGACGAGAGGACCACCGCCAAAGCCGAGAUGGUUGGUAGACUUACAGGAGAAGGGAGCCGUUGUUGAGCUCGAAGUUCGACCACUGGCCCAGAAAGAUGCCACCGCCACGGCGAGUGCGAGCGCUGGGACGAUCGGGAGAAAGAGUAUCAAAGGAGGAACAGGUGAUGGGAAGGACGGGGUCACGGUGACAGUGGAGGGAAAUGUGGUGAAAGUGGAAGGUGAGAAGGAGUCGUUGACGAAUUUGGGGAGAGAAGAGCUGCAAGACGACAGGGUGUCGAGGAUGACUGUUCUUACGAGGCAUUCAAACCCAUCGCCGGACGACCAGCUGCCCACUGAGCUCUCGAAACCCCUCGGGAUCUCGGAACAUCUCCUCGACCCUUCCACCCUCAUCUCGAGCGUCGUGCACACACCAGGAGACACGACAAAAGAGGGCUUCUUGGAGGACGGAAGCACGUCGUCGGAGAGUCUUCCCGAGGCAUCGGGUCAGAAUACGCCUCCAAGCAGCGUCAAGCCACAGGAGUUACCUUUGCCAUCACCUGCAGUCGGUGGAGGGAAAGGAUUCCUGGGAUUCCUCAACUCGUAUUCGUUGCAGUAUCCAUAUUCUAUCGCGCUCGCACGGUUCACCUCGAUUUCGCCGCCAGGACCAUCGGACAGUUCGGGAGGGCCUGGCAAUAGGAGCGGGAUUCGGACGGGUUCACCUCUGGGAAUAGGUUGGAGCAUCAUCAAACGGAAGGGAUCUCUGCAGAGCAGCGUUGAUGAUGGGAAUGGCAUGGGGGUCAGCGGGGAGACCGGAGUCGAGAGUCUUUCUCGACGGAACGGGUCGUGGACGAGAGCUUCAUAUCCGCUAUCGACAGUCAUCAUUGUGGCACUCAUCGCCUUCCUUAUGGGCUCUCUGUUGAGAUCAUUGAUCUCGCCGGCCGACUUCAUCUACGUGAUGCCGUCGCUUGACGGGCAGGAGGAGGUGAGCAGUGGGUGGAGGGAGAUUAAGCGUUUGGUGGAGGUGAAAUAUCUCGUUGGGGGGUGGGACUUCCAGAUCGCUGUCGUUCGAAGACCCUAAUAGCAUAUAGCCGCUGUUCGUCGCUUGUUUGUUUGACAUUUUGCCUGCCAUGUAUUGUAGUUGCUGCACUGUCCUGCUGUAUUUUUUGUUGAUUUUU